UCUUAUCUACUUUUCCAAAAAAUCGCAAUCUUGGCUUCAACGCUGCUUAAAACCAUGAUUAUCGAAUCCAUAUAAGUCAGUUGGAGCAUUCAGCUCCCCUGUAGCACAAGUAAUCCCAAGUGUUAUUUUGAACACAACCCACAAGUUUAAUGGUUUCUAUAAAUAUGUUAUCAUUCCUAUUAAUAGCGAUUUGCAGCUCGCUAGUUUUUGCCAGGUACAAAUAAAAUUUUAACUGCUGCAGAUUCCCAAAUGCAAGUGCCGUUCCCACGCUUUCAAAUGGCAAUCUCGGAUUCACCGUGUUCAGUGAUAGUGUCUAUCUGACUGGAGUUUACAAUGGACGAGGAUCGCAAAGCCAACGUGCCCGUAUCCCAAACUAUGCCAACAUUCAACUGGAAGUAUGCAGCUAUCCGGAAACUAAUCCACCAUACUGUUCCUAUCAGUUGGACAUAAAAUUUGGUCGAUUCCGCACGGUGUACGAUGAUCCGAAUAGACUUUUUCGCUUCACCCAUAGUGUUUACCCACAUCGUUACCUCAAUCACGUUGUUGUAAAUAAUAUCCGAGUGCAACGGCUGAACGGUCUCGGUACACUGUAUGCAAAUAUUAGACGGAUUGAGGGACUGCCGUCGGCUGAUUUUUCCUUUGAUCCUGUCCAGUAUGUGCAAAUUCGUAAUCAGACAUUCAUGUAUCGAUGUGGUCUUACUAAUGAAGUUGAAGAUCCGACGGUUGACCCUAAAGGAAAAACAGUGUGCAUAUACUACAGUGAAAUACCGACAACUCUUGUGGUAUUGGAAGAUCGCACCGCUGAAGACUUCAGUUUCUAUACCGUGUUUGCGCGGAGUAAAACAAAUGCUGAAGACGAACUUGAACUCCCCUUAACGUUGAGCACUGCAUCGAACAUAGAUCGUAUACAGGAAAACUAUAUGAAUGAACUGUGGAAUCAGUAUGGCAUUACUGUUGACGGGAACGAUGAACUAGACCAAGCGAUCAAGACCAGUGCUUUUCAUCUGUUGAGCAAUGUUAAGACGAUGUACACUCCUAAUUUUGUACAACCAUUUGGGAUAUCGCCAUCCGGUAUCGGACGAAAUGAUUUCCAAGGACACGUCAUGUGGGAUUACGAUAUGUGGAUGUUCCCAAUAGUGCUGGUGAUAAAUCCUAUUGUUGCCCAAGAUAUGUUGACUUAUCGGACGAGAGUAAUGCGAAGUGCGGUCGAACGCAAUGCCGCGUUGAAUAACAUUAAGGGAUGGCAAUACCCCUGGGCUUCUGCUUACACUGGUAAGGAGGUUACAUCAAAUCCAGGAGCAGCAGAACUACAACUUCAUGUUACAGCAGACAUUGCCUUUUCUAUAAGACUAUUUAUGCACGCUACGAACAAUAUGCCCUGGAUGAGAACAGAGGGAUGUGACUUGGCUUACAAUACUGCUCGAUUUUGGAAAAACCGAGCAAUAUAUAACUCCGCUACGGAUAAGUACGAUAUUCGCGAUGUUACUGGGCCAGAUACUAUGAACACAAACGUCACCAACAACGUAUUCACCAACGUUGUUGCUGCUAACAACCUGUUUCUCGGUGAAUACGCUGGAUGCAUAUGCAAAUCUCUUUUGGGUAUCAAAGACGAAGAUUUGGAUGAAAUGGUUCGUACUGCAAGAAGCUUACAUUUGAUGUACGAUUCAGAUAACGACUUCAAUCCUGAAUUCGAGGGAUACACUGUAGGACAGCCAAUCGGUGAAGCUGAUGCCGUACUGCUAGCGUACCCUCUCGAUCUUCUAAUGGAGAGCUCGACGAAGAGAAAUAAUCUGAACACCUAUGGUCCCGUCACUGCGGCAAGUAGUUCAGCAAUGACCUGGUCGAUGCACACCAUCGGAUGGCUCGAGCUGGAUGAACCGAGCUUAGCCGAGGAAAAUCUUCGUCGAAGCUAUAAACCACAUCUUCGUCCGCCGUUCAACGUCUGGAAUCAAGGUUCCACCGAUUUUCCCGGAGCGUCAAAUUACGUUUCCGGCGCCGCCAGCUUUUUGCACGCGAUGAUAAACGGCUACGGUGGAAUCCGACUGCGGAAUGAUGAAAUGGUUAUCAACAAACCACGGUUACCACCUGGAACAACGCGCCUACUCAUUCCGGAAAUCAACUUCAACCGGUUCAGGUUUUCGCUGGAGAUAUAUCAAAAUGGAACAUUUACGAUCAUGCAAAAAGCAACAUCCACUGCACCUAGCAUACUCUUAACCAUCGAUGGUCUAAUGAGCAGAGCUUGUGGCAUCAAUACAGCCUGCACCUUUCAUGGAAUUUCCACGGCUUACCUGGCCUUUACCGAAUCCGAUACAAGAUGUACACUGAAUCCGACUAAGAUGAACAUGAAACUUGCCGACCAAAACCGCGGAGUGAUAGCUAGACUGAGCCCAAUGAUUCUCAUUACGGUUGUGAUUACAUCGAUAUUGAAUAAAUUAUUAUAGUU